AUGUAUCCUCCGGAGCGGGAAGAAGAGCAGGAGGAGGAGGAUGAUGAAGGGGGAUCGGGAAAAGAAGUGAGCUUGAGCACGUGCGGGGCCGCUCUUGACGAAUGCAAAAGGGAUCACAGCUGCAAUGUCGCCCUUGCUGCAUUCCGGUCCUAUUGCUUCACGUUUUCUUGCUCACCCGAUUCCUGUCGAUCGUCGGUCGCGAAUCUCUACCGACGCAUCUCCGCCUCGCGAGCCCUGGACAUCGCCUUCUGCGUCUGCAGAGAGGGAGACGAGGAAUGCGAAAAGGCCCAGGACGAGCUGCACCCGACGUGUGCCCUGUCCGAGGGUCCUGGGAGAGUGUCCCCUCUGUGCAAUCAUGUCGCCAGAGACUGCAAAGACGACCCACAGUGCAGGGGGAUCUUGGAGUCGUUCGAGCAGUCGUGUGCAGUGGACAGCGACACUCUGGAAUGCGCAGGGAGUCGGGAGGCCUGCCGAGAUGCUGUCAUCGGGACUCUGGGAACGGAGAUCCGAAGGGAAUGCCAAUGCCCCAUGGCCACGAAUCCUCCCGUUCCUGACCUCUACUCCUGCCUCGGAUGGCAACGUCUCCUCUGGCUCAACCCCUGCGUCAACGAGGCCCAGCAGGAGUACGUGCUGAUGAAGCUGAAGCAGAGUUCCGGCAUGAUUCAUCCCCAGGAAGCGAAGGAACCCCUGAAGAGAAAGAAUCACUCUCUCCGACCACCUCCUCCUCCUCUCCCACCUCCGUCGAGGACGAAUCCUCCAUUCAUUCUGACGACGUCCCCAACAAAUUCUCCCCGGAUAAGUACAACCACGACCCGAAAGGUGAUGACGACGACGAUCACCACCACCGCCGCCACCACCACCACAACAGCAACAACAACCACUCUGCCUCCUCGUGGGUUGCAUGAUAUCUCUCGUGAUUGCCUUGUUCGGUCUUCCAAUAGGUGUCAUUCUAUUGAUAACUCUCUAUUCUCAAUCAAAUCGAUCAAAUUCUCAGUGGCCAUCCCUCUGAAAAAGAGGAUGGCUGAUUCCUCCUCCAGACUCAACAAAUACUUUUUCUCCCAAGGAUUUUGCCUGGCGAAGAAGGGGGAUGGAAGAGAGUAUCGCAUCAUCGAGGAUAAACGACCUGUGUCCUCACGAAAGUUUCAGCUGUACGAGCCAAGCCGUCCAGAGUGUUCGGAGCUGUGUAUGUGUGAGUAUGGGCAAGAAUUGAGCUGCAAGACGCUGAGUUGCAUCGAGAAAGUUCCUUGCUCCACGAACGUUGCCAAAUAUGUCCAUUCCUCGCCUGCUUACCUUGCAUAUCGUAAAGAGUGCCUCUGUUACUCCGGUGACUUCAUCUGCAUGAGACCCGACCCCGGUUCGUCUCUCUCGUCAUCCCAUUGUGUUUCGCGACAGAGGCUAGGGCCUUCAUCUCUGACCCUGUCUCUCGUAGACGUGUUCCGAUUGAGAGAAGAUGCGAGCGGGGUGUUUCUUUACCUGGGCUACAGUCGUCGGGACGAAGCGCUGUUGCUGCCUCAAACGAGGGAAUCAAUGCACGAUGCCAUCCCAAGGCUAGAAUCCAUCAUCGCCCGACAUGCUCGGAACAAGAGUUCCUGUAGCCUGAACAUAUAUAACUGGACGGGGGAUAAUGUGGUCCUCCAGGCUCGCAUUUCCGACCCACCUGACUCCACCAACGAGUCUCUCGCAUACACCAUCCUGUGGAGAGAAAAGACGGAGUGCAGUCCGGCCCUGCUAAGCCUGAAGGAGCUUAUCAACAGCCGGGACGUAUCAGUCGCCCAACAGCCCACUCUGUCCAUGAUCAAAUUGGCAGACGUGGAAAUCAAAGUGGUGGACCCCGUGGUGCCCAGCGGAGCCUCAUCUCUCUCGGACUGCUCCCCGCUCUACUUUCUGGUGCUGAUCGUUCUUUGGACCCAUCUCCUCAACCCAACUUGACCAUUGACCUUCCACCCCGUUUUGUCAACGAGACAGCAUAUCAUCCCUUGGUGCUCCUCAUUCGUUAAUCUGGACAAGUUGGGGAACAUGUGACUUUUUACCAAUUUCAGAGGGUGCUGAAUUACUCCCGCUUCUAUAGUUUCUAUCCAAGGAGUUUGUUUUUGUUCUCUAUGCUCCUAGUUGUUUCAGAGAGAAAAAAAGAAAGCAGGUCUUUGGAUGGAAGAGAUGUUCGAGAUGACAUGUUCUAUUCUGCUCAAGAGUUUAAUCCGUUUCAGCGCGUUGACGAUGGAAUCUAGUCGGUACUUGAGAAUGUGCUCACUCUCUUGUUUGAUCUCGAAGCCAGUACACAAGUACUAAGUGCACUCCUGCCUUUAGUUCUGCUAUUGAAAGCACCAUUCUAUGAGUUCCCAAGAGAUACUACUAGCACUCUCGAAGUCCUCAUAUAUGCUGCUGGGAAGCUCCAAGGACGCCCCAUAGGAUUCCCCUUCCGUUUUAUCUCUUGAAACCGUGCUGAGUUUUUGAUUGCCGAACAUCUACAAAGAUAUAUGUAUAUUUUGUGUCGCUGCAAGUAAGGUUUAGAGAACCUUGAAAAUUUUCGCGAAACUAAAAAUGUUUGGAGUUGUUCGACAGAUAUAAAAACGAUGAGAUGUCCCUGAUGCCUUACACCCGAUUUCGUGGAUCAGAGAAUACUGAGUUCUAUUGUUCACGUAGAUCAUUCAUUAUUGACGAUUUAUGAAAUUGCCAAAAAAUUCCCCAAGCAAUAAUAGCGAUGCAAAGUGGUGCCGAAUUGACACGAACUAUCCCAACACUCAGACCUAUUCCCGAGUAGGUUGGAGACGUAAAAAUAAAAUCCUGUGUAGCUAGAAAAAAAAAUUUAUAUGGGAACACCAUCAUCCC